AUGUACCUCUGGAAGCGAACCUUUGGGCGACCGAGCCAUCCGCAGCCGUGCGUCUUCUGCGACCGGACGCAGAUCCAGACGAGUGGCAUCCUCUUCGAGGACGACCGCGUCAUGGCCUUUCGCGACCGCAAGCCACGGGCGGCGUCGCACCUGCUCGUGAUUCCGAAGGAGCACAUCGUCAACACGCACGCCUUGGGCCAUGGCCACAUCGAUCUCGUCGAGCACAUGGUCGCGGUCGGCCGGGCGGUCUUGGCGAAAGAAGCCAGCGUGCUCAUGCUGCCCGAGCUGCCAGGGGUCUUUGGCUUUCACCAGUAUCCGUUCACGUCCGUGGACCACUUGCACUUGCACUGCCUCGCACCGCCGUUUGAGCCAUGCUACAACCGCCUCCGGUACCGCGAGACGUGGUUCGCCAACUAUGUGAGCGUCGAGACUUUGCUGGCGUCGCUCAAGGACGGACGUCACCACUAG